AUGACUGAUGCACCUAUUUGUAAUAAUGUUAAAUGUUGCAUUAUUGUAACAGAUAAAGAUUUGCAGGAAAUUAAUCCUUAUAAUGGUCAAGUACAUCUUACUGAUAAGAGCCACACCACUGCUACACCAGCUGAUGGUACAGUUGAAGUUUAUCUUCAUAAUGGCUGGUAUCAAGUGUGUAAUAAUACAGCCUUCACUAAUACAGUAGCUGAUUCAAUAUGUAGACAGUAUGGAUACACAGGACAUGAUACUCGGAAUGAAAUAAAUAUUUAUUCUUCAAAUACUGUUACAUUCACAGAAUACAAUUGUACUAAUAAAACUGGUUCUUUUGAAUGUUUUACCCACUGUAUGCCAAGGAAGUAUAAGAUUAAUGAUAAAUGUCACCAUCAUGUGACAUUAACAUGUAAGUUUGAUAUGACUAAGGAGUAUAUAACAAGUGGAUCUCGAAGUCAAUGUGCUUUGGAUGAACGUAGUCAUUGUGCUUUGGAUGAACGCAGUCAUUUACUUCAAGCUUACAAAAUUAUUACAGGACUUCUCGCUGGUUUUCUACUUUUUAUCCUAGCAUUAUUUAUCAUCACGUUUCUAUUUUGUGAUAUAAAGACUAAAAAGAUGAAAUGCUGUUGCUACUGGAGGAAACAAGACGCUCUUAAUUAUGUUCAUAUCAAAUACAGAGUAAAUGACCUGCCUAGAAAUAAUUAAAUCCAAUAAAUGCCAGCCAAGUACAUGAGCAUUAAUAGCAAAACAUUAUCUGUUAUAACACAUUACUUCAGAGUUAAUAACACACUUCAGUGGGAAUUUAUAAUUAUAUAGAUCUAUACUAUUUUAUACU